CCGCCCCUGGGCUCUGAGAGCAGGGGUGUGCUUCAGUGUGCCCUGGACCGAGAACUGAGCUGAGCAGUUUGCAGUCAGUGGGUGUUACCAAGAUCCACCACCCUAGCUCUGACACACCCAUCACUGUGUGACCCUGUGACCGGUGGAGGAGGUAACAGUGUCCCCCUCCUACAGGUGGAGAGAGCCAGCAAAGGAGGCACAGCCAGCUCAGCCAGCACUGCCAGCAGACGCUGUUCACACUGAUCUGUGAGGACAGAUCGAGAAGCGCACACUCAGUGACAGCAGGGUGACGUGUCAGCCACCAGUUCUCUCACUGUUAGAUCCUGAGACGACGGGAAAAAUGACUUCCCAGGACCAAAAGGGCAGCGUCACUCGAAGAGCCAGGGUGGCUCCUGCCAAGAGGAUGAGCAGGUUCCUGAAGCACUUCACAGUGGUUGGGGACGACUACCACACGUGGAACGUCAACUACAAGAAGUGGGAGAAUGAAGAGGAUGAGGAGGAGCCGGCCCCCCCAUCAGCUGAAGGGGAAGGCGGUGCCGUGGGCACAGAUGCUGAGGCUGGCGCUGCCCCCACACCCAGGCCGGCCCUGGACUUCAGGAACAGGCUGAGGAAACUCUUCAGCUCACACAGGUUUCAGGUUGUCAUCAUCUGCCUGGUGAUCCUGGAUGCCCUCCUGGUGCUUGCUGAGCUCCUUCUGGAUCUCAAGAUCAUCGAGCCAGAUGAGAAGGACUAUGCAGUCAAGGCUUUCCACUACAUGAGCUUUGCCAUCCUGGUCUUCUUCAUGAUAGAGAUUUUCUUUAAGAUCUUUGUCUUCCGCUUGGAGUUCUUCUACCAUAAGUUUGAAAUCCUGGAUGCCAUUGUGGUGGUGGUGUCAUUCAUCCUCGACCUCAUCCUCCUGUUUAAAAAGCACCAGUUUGAAGCUCUUGGCCUGCUGAUCCUGCUGCGGCUCUGGCGGGUGGCCCGGAUCAUCAAUGGCAUCAUCAUCUCAGUGAAGACACGCUCAGAACGGCAGAUCUUAAGGUUAAAGCAGAUAAACAUUCAACUGGCCACCAAGAUCCAGCAUCUGGAAUUCAGCUGCUCUGAGAAGGAACAAGAAAUUGAGAGACUCAAUAAGCUGUUGAGACAGAAUGGACUUCUUGGGGAUGGGAACUAGCCUCCCAGAAGCACCGGCCUAGAGAAGCUGGGCAGUGCCCAGACAGCAACUUUGUGCCGCCAAGUCCAGUCCUCCUCUUUGCCUUGGCUUGCGCUCCCUGGAUGCUGGGGACACAUCUUUGUCAGCUCGGCUGCCUUGUCGGUGUGACCCAGAGCCACCUGUCCACACCCUCCUUCUGCAGCAAAGGAACCAUAACCACCUUUUCUCACCUGGCCUCUGCUGUCGCUCGAAAACAGACAGGGAAGCUGGGCUUGUAAAACUUAAUGCCAUCCUUCCCUCUGUGUACAGGGACUGGCCCAUCCUUCCCUAAGCACACCCUGAGAAGAACAGAAGCUGGCACCUUGUACCAGCCCGUUCCAGAAAACCUUUCUUUAUUAGCUGGUCUGCAGAUUCUCCUGCUGCAUCCCCUACGGGUACCCAGCCUCCUCUGCAGAAUCCAGCUGUACCAUCAGCUUCAAACUGCGUCUGUACCCACCAGCAUCUCUCUCAAUUACUGUACAAUUAAUGUAUAAAAUAAGUGCCCUCCUCCCUCAGGGCCCGCCUACCACAGUCUCUCCUGGGCGGCAGCCCACACUAGCCCACCAGUUAUGGAGCUAGCUCACUGGGGUGGGGUGGGGGGCAGGCUGCCCUGUAAUUAGCAUCAUCUUGGGGUGCAAUGGCCUCAUGGGCAUACUUUCUACAGCCUCUUGCUGGUUUGUACUUCGCAAAUGCUGAUGGCAUUUUGAAGGCGACUCCCUUCAUGAUGAGGGAGGGAGAAGGCACUGAGGAGCGUCUCCGUGCAGGGCCACAUUAGGUCCUCCUUCCCGCCUCUCCAGAGGCCUGUGACCUGUGUGUGCAGGGUGCUGGGACCAUCUGACCUGAGCCCCUAGCCUAGCAGACUAAAGUGUCUGAGAGGAAAGGCAGUGGAGAGGGACAGAGCGCUGGUUUAGGGGAACCAGCAACUGAGUUAGUGUCAUCCAGAGCCUUGCGCCUGGGUGCCCACUGCUACAGGGACCUUCAGGAUGGGGUACUUACUCCUGCAGGGGGCCACCUGCAUCACACAAAUGGGAAGAAGAAGCUGAAGGGCAGCCUGGCAUUGAUGGUGGGUGGAGCUCGGAAGCCUGCCUCUGCAGGGGCUGACACAUCCACAAAUGUCACUGUAGUGGAAAUGAUAAUCGUCCUCUCAGGCUCUGGGAGGGGCUGUAAUGCAAAGACAGAACCGGCAUGCUCGUCGUCUUCUGCACUUAGCCACUGUCGCUGGCAGGUAUGCGGGGUCACUGAGGCACAGUGCGGCCAAGGUGCACGAUGCUCCAGGCUGACCCAGCACAGCAACCACGGCUCGGUGUUCACAAGAACUGCCUGUCAAUGAGUUCUUCCCUCUAAGUACAAGUUAACGGAUGAUUAUGAAAUUGCUUUAAGACUCAAAAUUACAGUUAGGCCCCAUAGCCCUUGCCCAUUAAUGCUCAGGAGGCUGACACCAAGUCACAAAUUUGAGACCAGCCUGUGUUACAUGAGAAGAUCCUAGGUCAAAAUACCAAAUCCCACCAGGCACAGCAGCACCAGCUUCCUGUCCCUGACCCUGGGGGCUGUGACACGAGAAUCAACAGCUCAAAUCCAGCCUGAGACCCUGUCUUUAAAAAAAACUGAAAUUCAAAUAGAAAUUAUAAUCUUUCAUACCAAGUAAUAAACUUUUCCUGUCACA